UUAUGCCCUCACAGAGUUUUGUUAAAUCUAGUAACUUUGCAACUGUGCGUUCUGUGAGUUUUCGAUACACAUUUGAAUUGUAAAUUUUUCAUUGAGUAGCCAAUGAUAUUCAUGUAAUUUUUUUAGAAACAUUUUAAAUUAAAUAUUGUUUUCGUAUUGAUUUUCCCUGGAAUAACUAACAACAAAAAAUGAUGUUGAGAUUUAUUCGACCUACGUUGUGCCGUUGCAGCGGUAGUAGAUUACUUGAAAUGACCAUUAAAUUUGCAGGUGGUACGUCAGCCAGUUCACCAGGUAAAGUGACCAGUGGCAGUUCUUGCGGCCCUAGUCCUGGACCGUCGAAGAAACCUAAUCCUGGUUUGGAGAAAAUCAAGAAAAUGCAAAAAUUAUUUCAAAAAGAUGAUGGUAAACCCAUACACCUAAAGGGCGGUAGCAGAGAUUUAAUGCUAUACCGUGCUACAUGGACAUUGGCAAUAAUUGGGCUACUCUGGCAAAUUCAUAUGUUUUCAAUGUAUAUAAUUUAUUAAACUUUGCAUUUCUUUGGCAAACAAUAACUUAGAUUAUAUAAAUACAAAAUAUAGAAAAAUUAAGAAGCAAACACUUAUAAUUAGCAAACA